CUCCUACAACUGACAACAACACUUUCUUAUCCUUUCUUCCAUCUUCCAAACAGGUGUUAGCAGCUGCUUCAGUUCAUCAGCCCCUUAUCUCCACCUCAUCACCUGCUUCCAUUUCUGGUUAGCUUAUCCUAUCCUCUAUUCAUUCUUUUGUGUCAUGUGAUGCUCUUUCCUCCUCCCUAAUUCAGCUAUUUAAAGGACAACGGGAACUUCGCUUAAGUCACAGAGCUAAGAUUGGAGUUAAGUACUGUACCAACUCAGGACUGGACGAGGCGGCACCACCAUGAGCAAAUGUGGAGUAACCGCUACGCAGUUUAAGCUUUAUCCUGGAGAAUCGCUCGUCGUGAAAGGGAAAGUUUUACCAGACUGCAAAGAAUUUGAGAUCAACCUGGGUAAAGACUGUGACAACCUGGUGCUCCAUUACAAUGCACGUUUUGACUGCAAGGGUGACGUGAACACCGUGGUGUGUAACUCCAGGCGAGACAGCACCUGGGAGGAUGAGGAAAGACCACCCGACUUCCCUUUUCAUCACGACUCUGAGGUUGAGAUCACCUUCAGUUUCACGGAUAAUGGCUUCCGAGUGAAAACGGAAGGGAGUGAAGAAAUUGUCUUCCCCAACCGGCUGGGCCUUAAUCUGAUUGAUUAUCUUGGAGUGGAUGGAGACUUCAGAAUCAAAUCGGUGACCUUUCCCUGAGGCGAGACUUUCUCCCUCGCGGGCUUGUUCCCCAAGUCGAAAAGAAUUGAUUGUCUCAAACCA